AUGACACUGCCCUCCGAACCCAAACGUAAAGACCCCAUCUACGUACCGGCAGAGAAGCCAACUUCAGAUCCAGCCCAUGGCGCAGCUUUCAUCCUCGUCCACGGUCUAGGAGACAGCGCCGAAGGUCUCGAAGCCGUUGCCCAGCAAUUCCAAUCCGCCCAUAAACUCCCCUACCUCCACUGGAUCAUCCCCAACGCUAUGGAGUCGCGCGAAGCAAUGACCACAGCCUGGUACAAUCCCUCCUCCUUCUCCUCCUUUCCGCCGGACCGUCCCGAGCUCGCGCCAGAGGAAGAUGCGGAAGGCAUGAAAAAAACCGUAGCGUACCUCGAAUCGCUCAUCGACGCGUGCACAUCUAAGGGCAUCCCACCUCAGCGCAUCAUCCUUGGGGGCUUUUCGCAAGGAUGCGCCAUGGCUCUCUUGACAGAUCUGACUUCGAGCAAAUAUGCGGGCAGAUUAGGUGGGAUUGUUGGGUUGAUGGGCUAUCUGCCAUUGAGUAACGGGAGGGUCCUGGAAGAUAUGAGAGCUGCAAAGAGUUUACCGCCUGUGCAUGGGAAUGUUCCGGUCAUGUUGGCGAGGGGCACGAAGGAUCAGAUGAUACCGGGAAGAGUAUGGAAGCAGACCUUGACGAGAUUGGGAGAGUUGGGAAUGCACGAGAGUGAUCUGGUGGUGAAGGAAUAUGAGGGGUUGGGACACAGUCUGAGUGGGCCCGUCUUAAGAGAUAUUUGUGACUUUGUGGAACGGUUUGUGCCUGCUUUAGAGGAUUGA